AUGCUGGCUCGAUGGUUAUUGUUGUUGGAAGAGUUCAAUCUUAAGUACAUGACAAGAAAAUCGGUAAAAGGAAGAGUUGUGGCAGAAUUCUUGGAAGAUCAUCCUGUAACAGAAGCUGGAGCAGAAGACUUUAUGUUCCCAGAUGAGGAUGUUUUGCUUCUUCUCGAUGAUACUUGGCAGCUCUAUUUCGAUGGGGUGUUAAACCAAUUUGGGUGCAGCAUAGGGAUAUUAUUGGUCUCCCCUAAUGACUCACAUGUUCCUUUGUCAUACAAACAUAGGUUUGAGGUCACCAACGACCAAGCUGAGUAUGAUGCUUGCAUCGCUGGGAUGGAAGCAACACUGGAACUAGGGGCAAAAAGGUUAGAGUUUGAUUCUGUUACUUUUACACACACUCCGUGUGUAAGUAAUAGAUUCGCAGAUGCCCUUGCAACACUGGCCUCCAUGGUAGAAAUACCUUUGGGAUUCAAAAUGUGGCUACUAAUGAUAGAGCAAAGGAUGAAGCCAGCAUGUGAAUGUGUUAUCACUGAGGGAGAUGAAGAUGAUGGAAAGCCAUGGUAUGAGGAUGUAAAAAGGUUCAUAGAAAAGGGAGAGUAUCCUCUGGAAUCUACUCUAAAGGACAAAAUGACUCUUCAAAAACUCGCCACUCAAUUUGUGGUUUGUGGAGGAGCAUUAUAUCAAAGAGCACAUUUGGGUCCCAAUCAACUAUGCGUCACAAGGGAGGAAAGUCAAAAGAUUAUGGAAGAAAUACAUGAAAGAAUUUGUGGGCCACACAUGAGUGGAACGGUUAUGGCAAAGAAAAUCCUACGACAAGGGUACUACUGGACUACAAUGGAGCUUGACUGUGCUGAUCGUUUGCGCAUUCCCCCUGCAGAAUUAUACAUGACUUCCCCUUGGCCGUUCUCUACCUGGGGGAUAGAUAGCAUUGGAAGUAUAAAUCCAAAAGGGAAAUAUAAACAUCAAUUUAUCCUUGUGGCUGUUGACUACUCUACCAAGUGGGUUAAGGUAGCUUCCUACACUACCUUCAAAGCCACCCAUGUGGCUAAGUUCAUUCGUAACAACGUUAUCUACCGAUAUGGGGUGCCACACAAGAUUAUCUGUGAUAAUGGGUCGCUUUUUUGUGGGGCAACUAAGAAACUCUUCGUUGAGUUUGGAAUACAGAAUCACCAAUCGUCCACUUAUCGACCUCAAACUAAUGGAGCAAUUAAGGCCACAAACAAGAAUGUCAAGAGGAUUCUUAGGAAAACCACCGAUACUUAUACAGACUGGCCGGAGAUGUUACCCCUAGCACUGUGGGGUUAUCCUACGACUGAGAGGACUUCAAUAGGAGCAACUACUUAUUCUCUAGUUUAG